AUGCCUUUCAUCGUCGCAGUCACGCCCAACAUCCCCCCCGCCAGCAAGGACGAGUUUCUUGGAGUAUGGCCUUCAAUCAAGGCGGAAAUUGCAAAGCAACCGGGAGUUCUUGCUGUGUCUGGAGGUGAAGUUGUUGCCGAAGACGCCACACCCGUAACCGAGUUCAAGUUCUUCCAAAGCAUUGCAUUUGCCUCUGCCGAAGAUGAAAAGGCAUUCGGCGAGUCUGACUGGGCCAAAGAGCAUUUCAAGAAAGCCCAAGAAAAGUCGGCCGGUCCUCCUAUCAUCAGGAAGUUCCAAACAGGAGACUUUCCUGCCUCUAAGCCCAAGGCUUUGACGCAAUUCUCGUUCCUCGAGUUGGCGGACGAGAGCAAGCACGAGGAGGCGAAGCAGGCAUGGCUUGACCUUGUCGCUGCUCUGGGUCAAGAGUCAUUUGGCGGACGGAGCGCCGACGACGGUCCUCUCACCGGUCUUGGAGUUAUUGGCUGGGAUAGCAAAGAGCAAGCUCAAGAGGCAUUUUCGAAACCCGAGGUCUUGGCUGCAGCGGAAAAGUACAAAAGCCUUGGUAAGGCCAUCAGCAUUGCGGUAAAGCUUGAAGCUUAG